GGCUCAUUUUGGCCCAAGGCAGGUCACCUCUGACAAACCAUUUUAGUUCAUGACUCCUUGUGGGGCUGGCUGAGGCUGUCAGGCCUGCCUUGCAGCUUGACUUCUCCUUCUACCCAGUUCUGCCCCCUGGCCCUCCCCUCCAUAGGUGUUGAUCUCAGGGGCCCUCACUAAUAAACAUUCAGCACGUUAAACUUCAUCUCUGGGUCUGCUUUCCAGAGAAUCCAGUCUGCAACAGACUGUUCUUCAUAACUUCAAUAUUUGUUAAUAUCUCUAUUUUACAGUUAUCUCCUCUGCCAUUUUCUUUGACCUCACUGCUUUAUACCUGUUUUAUUCAUUUACUCUCAUUUCAUGAAGUUUUAAGAGGAAAUUGAGAUGAAUGCAUGUGUCUGCCCUGGCAUUCAGUUACUGUCAUUUUAUGGAGUUUUAAGAGGGAAUCAAGAUGCAUGCGUGUGUCUGAACUGGCAUUGCAUUGGUCACAGUUAAAUUGCAGAUAAUAUAAUUUAUUCUAGCUAUUCAAAACAGAAAGGGUAUUUUCAGGGUAUUCAGUAAUGAGGAAGACUAUUGCAAUACUAGUCUAUGGAUUCUUCAUUCUUCCUUUACAAUGUAUCUCUGCCACUCCUUCCCUGAAGGGUUUGAGUCUAUUUCCCUAGAGCUUGAAUCUGGGCUGGCCUUUUUACUUGCUUUGGCUAACAGAAUGUGCUAGAGGUGAUGGUAUGCUGUUUCUAAGCCAAGUUCUCAAGGGGCCUCGCAUACUUUGGAAUCCUGUGUACUUUGGAUCCCUUUUGGAAUCUUUCCUUUGCCAUGAGAACAAUCCAGCCUAGCCUGCUAGAAAGUGAGAGGCUACAUGGAACGAUGGUGAGUUGUCCUAACUGAAGGCAUCUGAGACCAGCCAGCUUCUAGCUAACCCAUCAGCUGGCCACAAAUUCAUGAGCAGGCUUAGUCGGAUUAGCCAAACACAACCUACAUCAACAGAACUGGUCAACUGACCCAGACAUUCAAAAGCAAUAACAAAUGGUUAUUAUUUUAAGCUGCCACAUUUGGGAGUGUUUGUUAUACAGCAUUAUUGUGGCAACAGACAAUUGAUACAAGUGGCUUAAAGAAUCAUUAGGAGAGCUGAAGAAGUAGACUCCAGGGCCACAUCACAGAACAGACUCACUAAAGGAGCCUACAGUCCAGAAGUCAUGGAACCAAAAAGCUGCCUGCUAAGUUGAGAAGCCUUUGCUACAAGCUCUGACUUCACCUCUGCUAUGAUCAGGAAGCUGCUGAUAGAGCUGCCAACUUUAGAACCAUGCUGCUGUUGCUGCAACUGUCAUGAUUUACACCACUGUAAUAGAUGCCUGUGCUCUGCUUUUUUCCCAUCUAACUCAGUUUAUGCAAGUGCUUCUGAUCAGCAGAAUGUAAAUUAUACCCGCACUUCAGCUGCAAAGGGGUCUAAGGUCAAAGGGAUUUUUAGUUUUCCAGCUUCUGCAGUAGGAGAAGGAGGUUGGAAUGAUUUUGGAAUGAGUCAGUCUCAGCAUCACCACAGCAUGAUUAAGUAAAAUAUAUAUGAUUCCUGAAACUUCUUCCAUAGAUAGUACUCAAUGAUACUAAAACAAUAUAUAGAUAUAUAUGCAGUGUUUUACAUUUGGGCAUAUCAUUACGUUGUCAACCAUCAUUCAUUCAAUUAACAGAAGUUGAGAGGCUAAAGGAUGAACUGAACAACAUGGUACUAAGAUUUUAUGAACUAAUUGCUCCAGCAGAAUACAUGUAAAAAUCUUUUAAGGGAAUCAACAAUUAUAAGCCACAAAGGAGAGGAAACUGACUUUCUAUUCUGAAAAAUUUUUGAUUCCUUAUUGAUACUUCAGAUACCAUAAUUAGUAGAAAGACAGGCGAUUUCAGAAAGAAUAAUAGUAGCCAUCUGGGCUUAAGCUGCAGUUAUUAAGGUGCAUAUACAUGCAUUCUGUGAUAAAACAAAUAUUUAAAAAUUUAUUUUGGCAUAAAGGUAGGGAUUUACAAGAUUCUUUGAAAGGCUGAUCUGACCUCAAGACACAGAAUCUGAUUUUAUGAGAUGAGCGAAUUAAUGCUUUCAAAUCAGCAGUUAGCAAUUCCAGAAAUUAUCUGGGUCCCUGUGAGGUCUUUCCAAAGAGAUGGUGAGUUAGGACAAUAAAUAAUCAGUGAAGAAAAGGAAAGGCAAUUGUUAGAAAACAGAAUCAUACAGUGAAGGUAUUAAAAUGAAAGAAAUUUUGUGCCCCAAGUUUAUUCCCUGGGCCUUGUUCAGCUGCAGCACAACAUUAUUACGAUAUGUGAGACUUGCCAGUGGUUUAUGCCUUACUGAGAACUGCUUUACUCAGCAUGGCCUUGUAUGGUGAGGAAUCCUCUAGGCUCACCAAAAAGAAAAAAAUUCCUGUUGUCAAGAGAACCUGGAGUCCCUCCAAAAGGUGCCCCACUGAUUCAAAAGCCAGACACUCCCUUGUCAACAAAGGCAUCUCCCGGCUAAAGUCUGCAGGGCAAAUUGCACUUGGCUCAUUGAUAUCAGGUGGCUUCUUCAAAUGAAUUUUUAAGUAUCUCAGUGAUGAUGAAGAACAGAGACAUCAAUCAGGAUUCAGGAAGACAGCUUUUGCGGAAAAUGCUUACCGGGAAGCAGCAAGGGUUGGUGUUGAUAUUUGAAAGUUUAGGAGAGGGGCUGAGUGAAUACCAGAGGAAUUUCCUGUGGAAAAAGUCUUAUUUGUCAGAAUCUUGUAAUUCCUCUGUGGGGCGAAAGUACCCGUGGGCUGGACUUAGAUCGGAUCAAUUAGGGAUCGUGAAAGAGCCAAGUUUUAUUUCAAAAAGAAGAGUCCCUUACCAUGACCCACAGAUAUCAAAAUCUCUUGAGUGGAAUGGAGCUAACUCAGAGAGCAAUGUGGUUGUAUCACCAGAACCAGAAGCCCCGGAAACACCAAAAUCACAAGAAGCAGAACAAAAGGAUGUUACUCAAGACAGAGUUCACUCACUAGAAGCUUCCAGGGUUCCCAAAAGAACCAGAUCUCACUCUGCAGACUCCAGAGCUGAAGGCGCUUCCGAUGUUGUGGAAAAUAAUGAGGGUGUAGCAAAUCAUAAACCAGUUAGUGAAAAUGUGGAACUGGAACAGUCUAUCAAGGUUCUUUCGGAAAAUGUAGAUAAUGGGGUUUUCCACAAUAAAAGCCAGUUUGUUCAGCCAUUCAAAAGUAACUCAAUCGUCCUUGAAACUGAAUACAAAAGAAAUUUCAAGGGUUUAUCUCCAGUGAAAGAACCAAAAUUAAGAAGUGAUUUGAGUGAAAACAGAAAUCUUGAAACAGUAUCUCCUGAAAAGAAGUGUAAUAAAAUAGACGAUCCUUUAAAAUUGGAAGCAGAGAUGGAAUUGAAAGCCUUACACCAGCCUAAAAAGAAGCUUACUCCUUGGAAACAUCAAAGGCUCGGGAAGGUGAAUUCUGAAUAUAGAGCAAAAUUUCUCAGCCCAGCUCAGUAUUUAUAUAAAGCUGGGGCUUGGACACGUGUGAAGGGAAGCAUGCCAAAUCAGGGUUCUGUAAAUGCCAUGUGGUAUGCCGAGGUUAAAGAACUCCGAGAAAAGGCUGAGUUUUAUAGGAAGCGAGUUCAGGGGACACAUUUUUCUCGGGACCAUCUGAAUCAGAUUCUGUCUGAUAGCAACUGCUGUUGGGAUGUCUCCUCAACCACAAGCUCAGAAGGAACUGUUAGUAGCAACAUCAGAGCAUUAGAUCUUGCUGGAGACCCUAGAAGCCAUAAGACUUUGCAGAAAUGUCCUUCUACAGAACCAGAAGAAAAAAGAGAUAUCAUGGAAGAACAGCCCCAGAAAAAUACCAUGGAGAAAUUGGGCGUGUCAGCUCCCACCGUACCUGUUAGGAGGCGGCUGGCAUGGGAUGCAGAGAACACCACUGAAGACGGACAGAAACAGCCCAAGGAGAAAGAGGAGGAGAAGGAGGAGGAGGAGGAGGAGGAGGAGGAGGAAGAGGACAGGAAAAUGGACAAGCAGGCUUAUAUAGGAGAGCAAGAGCAGUUGGAUGUACAUGAGAAAUCUAAGGCAGACAAGAUGAAAAAAGGGUCAGAUUCUUCUUCUGUAUCCUCAGAAAAAGGAGGCCGGCUUCCUACUCCCAAGCUGAGAGAACUUGGUGGAAUCCAGAGGACUCAUCAUGAUCUCACUACUCCAGCUGUUGGUGGUGCUGUUUUAGUGUCUCCAUCUAAGAUGAAGCCUCCAGCCACAGAGCAGAGGAAAAGAAUGACCUCUCAGGAUUGUUUAGAAACUUCAGAGAAUGAAUUUACUAAGAAAGAAAAUCGUGCAAUAUCCCUAUUGACUUCUCCAGCUGCUGGUAUAAAAACAGUUGAUCCUCUGCCUUUGCGGGAAGAUUCUGAAGACAGUAUCCCCAAAUUUACUGAGGCAACUCUUCCAGCUUCAAAAAUUCCAGAACACCCAACAAAUACCCCUGGACAGUCGCCUUCUCCACUGCAUGUUCCAUCCUACUGGCAUCCCUCUCGUCGAAUUCAGGGCUCUCUUAGAGAUCCAGAGUUUCAGCACAAUGUGGGAAAAGCAAGGAUGAACAAUUUGCAGUUACCUCAGCAUGAAGCCUUUAAUGAUGAAGAUGAGGACAGAUUGUCUCAGAUUUCUGCUCGCUCUGCAGCUUCUAGUCUCCAGGCAUUGCAAACUCUGGCUCGAGCUAAGAAACGGAAGGAGAAUUUCUGGGGUAAAACAUAAACCUAGUUGAGUUGCCUUUAAGGAACCACUGGCAUAAUUUUUCUUUAUUGCUUAUUGUGUUAAAACUUUUUGAGUGUUUGAAUCUUUUCUUAACAUUUCCUACUUUGAAAUAUUUACUUUCCAAUAGAACAGUUUACUUGGAGAUUUUUAACAUAGGCUUAUAAAAAUUUAAUUUUUAAAGAAUUCCUUUUACAUCUAUCUAUCCCAGAGUACAAACCAGAUUAUUGAGUUUUUCACAUGUUGUAACUUUUAUAAUAGGUGUCAUGGAUAGAAUUUCACCUAUCCAGAGAAUAUUUCUAAAAAGAUAAACACAGUGAAGUAGAAGUUAAGAUCCCAGUGUGAAGUAUAUUUUCACCUAUGGUUCGAUAUAUAUUUAUAUAUGUAUCUUUAUAAUUGAUGAUGUCAUAAAAUGAAUUUGUUGUUUCUUUAACCUUUGCUGUAGUGUUUCUUUUUAUUUUAGUUCCUUCUAUAUGUGUUUGCAGUGUUAAUGGUACUUUGAAAAUACCAACUGUAUAUAUUUUUCUUAUUUAUGUAACAAAGUUUGCUGAAAGAUGUGUAUAUUUUUGACCUUUGAGUGUAUUCUAUUUGUAUAAGGACUUUGGCUUACAUUCGAAUAAUGUCUAGAUUUUGAAAAAUUACUUGUAUAAUAGAGAAUUAAAAUUUUGUAGACAUUUUGAAAUAAAAAUUGAUCAAGUG